GGAAGGACACCACUUCGACUGGGACAACACAUCCAUCCUAGGACAAGCCAAACAGAGACAUGCACAAGAAUUCCUAGAAGCACGGCAUUCCAACCGGAACUCUAUCAACGAACACAUUGACUUGGAUCCCAUUUGAGAAAAAGAACAGGAAAUGGCAUCACCAACCCAAGGAAACCUAAACACAUAAAUAAAAAGCUGACCAUAUCACCAGUGCUUCACCAGAGGCUCACUGAUGAUGUUACCUAGUAGGGUGACGAAACGUCUGAAAACGAACCUUCCAGCUCAGCGAGCAAACUUACAUCCAGAACCUCGACCUGAGCUACAAAUCUUCUCAAACCUCACUAAUGAUGUUUGAUGUAAUCUUUGGAACAAACAACAAUGGGUCGCAGUCGUUCGAGAGAAGAUUUGCGAACUAGGAAUGAACAUGGAUCGAGAACUAAAGUUAAGAAAAAGGAAGAAAAGAAGAAAAGGGAGCGAAGCAGCAGGAGCCCCACUGUGUCUCACAAACGUUCCCGAAGCUCAGCUCGGGGACUCAGCACGGCUGAGCUCACCACCCCUGGAAAUCCAAUCAAACCAAAAUGCCAUUCAUCAUCUUCAACGUCAUCCUCCUCUUUGUCUUCAGGGAAAGGAAAGCAUAAAAAAAGGAGUCACCGUUCAAAAAAGAAAAAAGAUAAAGACAGGAAAAGAAAGAAGAAAAGGGAAAAGGAGAAAAGAAAAGUGUUGCCAGUGAAGCCAUCGCAGGAACCUCCCGGUGAAGGCAGGAUUCCGAGUGAGGCAGUGACGGAGUGUUUGGAAGCAGAACAUACUGAAAAAGUUGUUACAGAUGAACAGAAAACUCGAAUUCAGGCCAUGCGACCAAUGACAAAGGAGGAGUGGGAAGCCAGGCAAAGUGUCAUUCGGCGUGUUGUGGAUCCAGAGACUGGCAGGUUAAGGAUGAUUAAAGGUGAUGGUGAAGUUCUGGAAGAAAUUGUUAGCAGAGAGAGACAUAAAGAAAUAAAUAAGCUUGCAACAAUGGGCGAUGGAUUCACUUUCCAGAUGAGAAUGGGCCUAAAUCAAAAGUGAUUGGUGAUGGAAGUCUUUGAGAUUAGUGUUUUCAACUCAAAUAUGUGCUACAAUUUAGAAUCUUUUUAAAAUAUAACUGUCAAUAAA